GCACUCCAUUUGGCAUUUGCAACCACAAAGUGCCUUGUUUGUUUCCGAUUCCACGCCACGCAUAUCCAGCAAGUAGAGAGAGAGAGGGGGAGGGAGUUGCAGAGACCAGAAGAAGAGCUCGCAUUCAGUGAAGAAGACGCUAUUUGGGCUCCGAAUAGCUGCUCAAAACUCGCCAACUACCGUUGGGAUUUUCUCGCCGCUUUCUCUCUCUGCAGGUAGAUUACGUGAAUUUUAAGUUUGGAAGAAAGUAAAGUUUGGACACGUCCUGGAGCACCAUCAUGUUCAAGCAGUCUCCAAGUAGAAACCACAGGUCCAAAGGCAUCAAGGUUAAACAUGUCCUGCAAAUUUGUGUGCUGAUUGCUGUUUGCUUUUGGUUGAUUUACCAAGUUAAGCAUUCCCGUGAUAAGAAGAGAGCAUUUGAUGAAAAUGAUGCAAAUAUCUCCCUUAGAAAAUAUGGUCAUAGUGAAAAUUCAAAGAUUGGAAGAAAAGAACUCAUUCCUCGUGUUGAGGAAGCAACAAUGAAAAAUGAGAAGGGCAUUGAGAAAGAAUCAGAAGAGGAAAAUAGAGGAGAUGAAGAAGAAGAGGAAGAGGAGGAAAAGAACAAGAAUGAAGAUGAAGAAGAUGACAGCAAGACUGAAGAGAAACAAGAUGAGGGGAGAAGGGGUGAUGAUGAGAUAGAAGAACAUGAUCAAGAGAAAUCUGUGUUGGAGGUUGAGCAUGAGGAGGAUCUCAUAGAUGAUACAGAGAAAGAAGAAGUUGAUGAGAAGGAAGAUGAAGAUAAAGAAGACCAAAAUGAGAAUGACAGCUCCUUGGAGGACCAUGAUAAUGAAGGAGGUAAUGAGAAGGCUCACGAAGCGCGUGAGGAACAAUAUAGAGCUGAUGAUGCUUCCAGUGCAGUGGUUCAUCAGGCUGAAGCUAUUAGCACCGAAACUGAAAGUGAAAGUGGAGAAAACUCCAAUGACAAUACCAAAAUGAAUGUUGUAGAAGAGGAUAAUGAAGCGCGUGACACCCAAGUACAUGCUGGAAGCCAGAAUACUACAGACUUAAAGGUUGAGAAAGAUGAUCAGGCUGGAAAUGGUAUUUCUGUAAAUACGACAGAGACACAAGAUAAGGUCGAUGAGAAUCACAAGAUUCUUUCAUCCCUAUCGGAGAACAGCUCAAUUGUGAAUUCUACCAUGACAACUGAGGCCAACAAUCAAGCAGAAGCAGGCAGUAACUCUACAGAAUCGAGUUUGGAAACUAACAAUUUAUCCCUGCAGAAUCAAACAGAGACUGAACCGGAUGCAGCUGCAGCCCAAAAUGCCACGACAAGGGUGACAACUUCGGAAGGCUCCCUGCAGGCAAUGGCCCUGGUGCCCGAAAAUAAGUCUGACACAGCUACAAAUGACAAUCAAUCGGACUCUUCGAUCACUUCCAGUAACACUGAAAAUACUGUGCUCAGGGGGGAAUUGUCAAAUUCUUCUACUACAAAUUCCUCAAGUGGAGUAGAGGGCCAGUCUGGUUCAUCGACAGAUGCCAAAAACAUGGACGCAAGCCAGAAUUCUGAUAAAUCUGAAACCAGAAUCGGAACAGAUGGAACAGAUGAAAGCUUCAACUCUUCUGAAACUGGGAAUGGAGAGGUAGCUAACCACGAUCCUGUUGAUUCUUAUGAUUCUUCCGUUCAGUUGGAGGAGACCCACGUUCGGACCGAUCUCGACACCUUGCCGGAGAUUACUACUGAAGCAAGCAACCACGGCGAUGGUGCGGCUGAAUGAGUACUUAGAUUUGAAUGGUUAAUUUGUUAUUUCCUGGUGGUAUAAUAUCUAUCUGGGUUUUGCUUGAUGUUCAUAGCCAUAGGACUCUGCUUGAUUGUGUGAAAUGUAGCUUGAUGCCUUGCCUUUAUAAACUACGGUUUCAAUUUUGCAGGCAACUUUACAGUAUUUGAAGUUCUAAAUCUGUCCUUAAACAGAAAGUAAAGGACACAAUUUUUAA